AUGACAGUCAUGUUAGAUGAGAGGGUGGGUAAUGACAACCUCUCUAUCAAGAGUUAUGAAUGGUCAAGGGGAGCUAAUGAAUUUCAAGAAAACAAUAAGCAGUUGUGUGGGAAGACAUUUGCUUGUGUGUAUGACCACGUCAUCUCCAGACAUUGUUUUGCACGUAAGGCCAAGCAGAGCAGGAACGGGGACCCAAAAGACUACCUCAGUGACAGCAAUGACAGCAAGGAACACAACGAAGAAGACAACCUGGACACCUGUCACAGUGAGCCGCUGGACUCAAAAAUUGCGGAGCAUGAGUAUGGAGGAGAUCCCUCAAAGUUUGCAGCUCUGAGCAACCUCAAGAUUGAGGAGGAAGAGUGUGAUGAUGAGUAUUCUCGCUGCUCUGGCUCCCCUAGCCAGGCCUUAAAGAGAAAGAGGGAGGCUGAAAGUGAUGAGGAGCAUGCCACAGAUGACGAUUUCCCAGACUAUUCCCUAACCAAGGAGGAGCAUGAUGGAGCGAGAGCGGAUAAAGCAGAGCUGUCCAAGUACUUCCGUCGCAAUGGUGGACGCUACUAUUGCAACAUCUGCAACUGGCGUGUCAAGAUGAAAGGCUUCAUGCUUCAUCACGUCAGCAAGAAACAUGACAUCCCCAAACCUUACAUCUGCAAGGAGUGUGACAAGUCUUUUCUCCUGGAAAGCAUUCUCAACAGCCACAUAAGCAUGAUCCACAAGCAGGGGAUCUAUCAGUGUCCCUACUGUUCUUUCAAAUCCAAUUUCUUGCGUGGCAUCCGCAGACACUUGAACCACUGCAGCUCUUCCCGGGCAGAGGGUUGGGUGUCAGACAGCGACGAGCACUUAGAUGAUCAGGAUUAGUCUCAUGCCUGGCCACUCUUCAUUCAGACUGCAGUGUGCACUUUCAAGGGGCUCAUGUCUGUUCCUUCACCUGAAGCCCAUCCAAUACUUGAUUACAGUAGCAGAUAACACUUUUCCAGGAAUGAUGAAGUGCUGCACAAAAUAUUGGCCACUGAAAGAGACAAGUCCAAAUAUUAUUAUUGAUUUCCAUGCUUGAUUUUCAUCAGCAAAGUCCUGAAUAAGCUACAAGUGUCUCAUCCCAUCAAUAAUCUAUAUUCGGAUAGUUUUUAUGAACUGGUAGAGGGAAAAAACAAAGAACUUAUCACCAUGAAUAGUAUUGUUACUACAUGUUGAAACUGUGAUUCAGAAAUGUAUAUUUUCCUAUGAAUUUUCUUUGUGUUAAAUGUCCAAAUUGUUUAGUUUUUUUGUUGUUGUUUUGUUGAUGUUUUUCUACAAUCACCAACAAGAAUUUCUCCAUAUUGAAAUCUCUUCAUACAAAACUCUUCAUACAAUUAGCACAAAAGUGUUAAAAAUUCAUGAUUUAUUCAAGGCAAAACCUGGAACAAAAUAGUAUGUCUCUGACAAAUAAAAAAUAUAUGCUUUGAUGGAAAAAUGUACCGUUUAAUUUUCUGGUAUGUAAACAAAGUGACAGUGCUUUUCUGUUGCAGCAAUCCAGGAGGGUUUGCAGUGUUUGCAAAACUCAGAAG